GGACCAGGACCCUGCAGUAAGGGCAUGGGGUAACGCCAUGACACCACAUAUUGUACCAUAACUAUGUGGUGGACCAGAGCUCCUGCGUUAGAGCGUGCCCCAGCAACAAGAUGGAGGUUGAGGAGAACCGCAUUAAGAUGUGCAUUCCUUGCACCGACAUCUGCCCAAAAGCGUGCGAUGGUAUCGGUACAGCCAGCCUCCAGGCUGCUCAGACUGUUGACUCCAACAACAUUGACAAGUUUGUCAAUUGCACCAAAAUCAAUGGCAACCUGGUGUUCCUCAUUACUGGAAUCAAAGGGGACGUCUACCACAAUAUCGAAGCUUUAGACCCAGAAAAGCUCAGCGUGUUCCGCACCGUUCGGGAGAUCACAGGCUUUCUGAACAUCCAGUCUUGGCCUGACAACAUGACAGACUUGAAUGUUUUCUCCAACCUGGCAACUAUUGGGGGAAGAGCGCUGUACAGUGGAAUCUCCCUGCUGGUGUUGAAGCAGCAGGGCAUCUCAUCACUGCAGCUGCAGUCUCUAGGAGAGAUCAGCGCCGGGAACGUCCACAUUGCUGAGAACAGUCAGCUUUGCUACUACAACACUGUCAACUGGACGAGACUGUUUCGUGCUGGAAACCAGAAGGUUCUGGUCCGUAACAACCGAACCCCACAGCAGUGCUCCAGGGAGCACAUGGUGUGUGACCCGCUGUGUUCAGACGCAGGAUGCUGGGGUCCUGGCCCGAACCAGUGCCUCUCCUGCAGACACUUCAGCCGUGGACGAACUUGUGUGGAGACUUGCAACCUUUAUGAAGGGGAUAUUCGAGAGUACGCCAACGGGUCCGUGUGCGUGGAAUGUGAUGCCCAGUGUGAGCGAGCUGACGAUGACUCUCUGACCUGCCACGGUCCGGGCCCAGAGCAUUGUGUGAAAUGCCUUCAUUUCAAGGAUGGUCCAAACUGUGUGGAGAAGUGUCCCGAUGGUCUGCAAGGUGCCAACAGCUUCAUCUUCAAGUACGCCGAAGCCAACAACAAAUGUCAUCCCUGCCACAGCAACUGCACACAGGGGUGCAUUGGACCAAGACUGCAAGACUGUGUUGGCUGGAUGGACAGAACCCCUCUGAUCGCAGCGGGGGUGAUCGGCGGCCUCUUCAUGGUGGUGAUCCUGGUGCUGAGUGUAGCUGUGUCUCUGCGCCGGAAGAACAUCAAGAAGAAGAGAGCGCUCCGUCGCUUCCUGGAAACAGAGCUGGUGGAACCUUUAACACCAAGUGGAACUGCACCCAACCAGGCCCAGCUACGAAUCCUGAAAGAGACAGAACUCAAAAAGGUCAAGAUUCUCGGCUCUGGGGCCUUCGGGACUGUUUACAAGGGUAUUUGGGUUCCUGAGGGUGAAACGGUGAAGAUUCCAGUGGCCAUAAAAAUCCUGAAUGAGGCCACCGGACCCAAGGCUAACGUGGAGUUCAUGGAUGAGGCCCUGAUCAUGGCCAGCAUGGAGCACCCCCACCUGGUCCGCCUGCUGGGCGUCUGCCUGAGUCCCACCAUCCAGCUGGUCACGCAACUGAUGCCUCACGGGUGCCUGCUCGACUACGUCCUCGAGCACAAGGACCACAUCGGAUCCCAGCUGCUGCUCAAUUGGUGUGUCCAGAUUGCCAAGGGGAUGAUGUAUCUGGAGGAACGUAGGCUGGUCCACAGGGAUCUCGCAGCGCGCAAUGUCCUGGUCAAAUCUCCCAACCACAUCAAGAUCACAGACUUCGGCCUCACUCGCCUGCUGGAUGUUAAUGAGAAGGAAUAUAAUGCUGAUGGAGGAAAGAUGCCCAUCAAGUGGAUGGCAUUGGAGUGUAUCCAUUACAGGAAGUACACUCACCAGAGUGACGUGUGGAGUUACGGGGUAACCAUCUGGGAGCUGAUGACCUUUGGAGGAAAGCCGUACGACGGGAUUUCCACCCGAGACAUUCCAGACCUGCUCGAGAAAGGAGAACGUCUUCCACAGCCGCCCAUCUGCACCAUCGACGUCUACAUGGUCAUGGUCAAAUGCUGGAUGAUUGAUGCAGACAGUCGUCCCAAGUUCAAGGAGCUGGCUGCAGAGUUCACUCGAAUGGCGCGUGAUCCCCAGAGAUACCUCGUCAUCCAGGGCGACGAUCGCAUGAAGCUGCCCAGCCCCAACGACAGCAAGUUCUUCCAGAGCCUCCUGGACGAGGAGGAGCUGGAGGACCUGAUGGAUGCUGACGAGUACCUAGUGCCCCACUCCUUCAACAUUCCUCCACUGGCGUACACUCCACGCCCGCGCAUGGACUCCAACAAGAACCAGUUUAGCUACCAGGACCCCAGUUUCAGCAUGGAGGACAUGUUGGCCACCCUCCCAAGAGUGGUCUCUGUUCCACCUGUGUCAGGGAGCUGCCUCCCUCCACAGGACUUGGCCUCGGGGGGACAAAUUGGUGGAGGAUUUGGCCGAAUCAACCAGGAUGACCCUCGCUGCAAUGGGACCCUGAGGAAGCAGGCGUCCCCAAGGUCGAACACCCUCGGGGCAUGCUCGGCUCUCACUGCAGGACAAGUUGGAGGCGAGGACAGCAGCGGACAGCGUUACAGUGCAGAUCCAACUGGUGUUUUAGCAGAUCGAGGGACAAAAGGAGAAAAGGACCAGGAUGGAUACAUGACUGCCAUGAGAGACAAGAACAACUCAGACUAUCUCAACCCUGUUGAGGAAAACCCCUUUGUCACACGCCGGAGGAACGGCGACGCCCAUGCAGUGGUCGAUGGAGCAGGCUGCCACACCCUGCACAUGGCUGGAGCUGCCGCUGCCCCCAAGAACCAGUCCGCCCACAGCGACGAGUACAUCAAUGAGCCACUGUACCUGAAUACCCUCCUCAACCCUGGGGACAAGAACGGAUUGGCAGGCGCAGUCUCCAUCUCUGGGCCUGGGUUCUCCACUGCCCAGACAGUAUCGCAGACAGUCAACCCGUCAACAUCGAGCCACACCGUCUCCUCCGCUGUAUAUGGGGUACCUCCUGGCCACCUCCCCCAUCCAUCAUAUCCAUCACACACCCUGCAUCCAGGGCAUUCAGGACACGCCCUGCACUCAGGCAUCACCAGCGGCACCAUCAUGUUUGAUAAGAAAGGCAAGAAGGCCACUUUUGACAAUCCCGAAUACUGGCAGCACAGUCUCCCCCCAAAAUCCACACUGCACAACCCUGAGUACCUGCAGGACUGCAGCACGCGCUUCUUCUACCGGCAGAACGGACGCAUUCGCCCCGCCGUGGCUGAAAACCAGGAAUAUUUGUCUGAGGCUGCUAUGAAAGCUGGCAACGUGUUGCCGCCCCCUCCAUACAGACAGAGGAACACUGUAGUGUAGUGACCCCGCCUGUCGUACAAUGGAGGAAUGAAUAAAGGGUUAGGAGAGGAGAUAAAUGGACUGUGAACGGCCUUUUCGUUUGCUCAAAGUACUUGUCAACCUGGGCUUUCCUUGCACCCUCCCCGAACACUUCUCCGUGUUAUAUCUGAUUGCCAUUCUUUUAUUCUCACUCUAUGGUUCUGCCUUUUCUUGACAGGACCACAAUAACAGUCAUCGACGGCCCCACUUGACAUUCAGACUAUAUUUUUUAACUCCCUCCUUGUCCCCUAGAGCAAGUAGACAGCUCUCUCCGAGGUGGGUUCUGCUCUGGGGCGAGCUGUCCCAGCGAUUUUACUCAACGUGAGGCACAGAAACAACACAAUCAAAGGUUGAAAUUAGAUGAAUGAUAGAAUGAAAAACUGAGAAACAGACAGAGGCUAGCCCAAAGAGAGGAUUAUUGCCAUGAAUUUAAAUGAAUUAUGAUUACUUUUUGUUUACGUGCUGAUAAAUUACUCUUCACCAUGUUCUUUUAUCUCAUUUUCCACACAGCUAGAUAUACAUAUUGCAGUAUGCCCACAUCGCUAUUGCAUGUGUGCAAUCUGUCAAAUGACACAUGCGCAUGGAGUCAUGUCGUGACCUACCAGCAAAUUUUCAGUCACACUUAAGAGCCCAGAUGUGGCUUGCAUGCCUGCCCUCAUGCUUCUUUGAUUUUUUUAACAUGUUUUACAGGAUGCUGCAGCAGUAAUGGAUUUCAAACAUUCAUCACACACAGCUCAUAUCCAACCUAGAACAUGUUAACAUGCCUGCAGCCUUGACACACCAGUAAUAACUUCACAUUACUUCAUACAUAAAUACAUACACAGCAACAGAUAAACCCUGUUGAAGUAUUCAGGAGAGGAGAGGCUCAGUUGACAUUGUGCAGGAAGAGAGUGUCGGUAAUGGCAGUCAGCGGAAAAGUAAAUGUCACCACAUUCUUAUGGAAAGCUGUGAUAUUCACCCAAUGCUUGGUGGAAAGCAUUCAACAGAUUACUGGCCUGACUAGGGAAGGAUUUUAAAGGUUGAUCACUCAGAGGAUGACCCACAACUUCCCUAUGCUGAGAUCCCUCCUGUCCUCCUUCACCGAGGAUGAGCCAGUAAACCAGACCAGUUCAAAAAUACCUUCGUGGUAAGAUCAUUGUAAGCAGCAUUGUGACUGACAUGACUUAUAGUAACUGCAGCACUGUUUCAAUGGAACUGGUGCCUGGUAAUGGACAAAUGUUUGUAACUGGACAAGGAGCAGCAUUGUGAAGAACAUUCUAACAGGCCCCGAGAGAAAGAUUUCUUUUUUUUGUUUUCCUUUCUUUUUAGACAUCAGGGAUCUGUUUACUUUGUCACCUUGUCUUACAGUGGAUGUGUAUCAUGAAGCGCAGGAUAAACAGCACAGACACCGAGCCAGAGCACAGUGGAGAUGGCAAACAAGCCAACCCUGCAGAGUUGUAAAUAGGCCAAUUACUGGUCAUUACCAGUCAGACGCAGUUCACAGUCCGUGGAGCGAGCUGCGUCUGGACAUAAAUAUAAAAGUAGACGAAAUGAUGAGGAUAAGAGUGUUUUUCUUUGAUUUCGCCUCUCUGUGUUCGUACUAUUGUACGUCACAGAAACAGGAAGUUAUCUUUGACCACACCGCACGACUACAAAGCCUGGCUCUGUCUCUGAAGGUUCAGGGGGUUCACAAGUGUCAAACCUGUCUGGCAAAAGCUUCCUCCACAUUUUGGAACACUCUGAAGAAACAACACCUUUUUUAUGUAUUGGUGUUUUACAUUAAUUGCGAUCGCUGAUUCCACUGAUGGCUAUAGCUUUCUGUACUCAAACAAUACUGCCAGAAGACACUGACACAGUAAGAUCUGAUGGAAACGUCAUCGCCUGAUUGAGGCCUGAUUUAGAUCAUUUGAUAGGACUUGCUUCUCUGGCACAGCCAAAUGACUUUGCUGUUAUUCAUUGUCUUUGUUGAAGUUUAUUCCAUUUUUCAUGUUGCAGUUAUGAUUUGCAAUGAGACAAUGGUUUCAUUGAGUUCUCACGUCAUCUUCAUUAGGCAUUUUACCAUGAAAGGGCAUAUCCAUACCCUCUAAUGAAAAUCAUAUCACUAAUAGAGUUGGGCCAUAUGAUGAUAGAACACUGGAACAGGGUAGAAAGUAAGGUUUUUAAUAACGUAAAUGACAAGUUAGAUAUCCAUUGAAAAUUGUUUUUUAGUGGACACUGUAGAUUUAGAGGAUUUUUGCAUCAAUAUGAUGAAAUACAUUGAUUUUCAGGCGUAUGAAAGGGCAGACCAGUGAUUUCGAAUUAAUUUUCUAUGAAGUCCCUUAUACGGGUCAAGCUCCACAAACACUGGAUUCUACAUUUCUUUCAUUCCUGUUUGUCAAACACACAACCACAGUUACACAACCUUGUGCCUCUACAUUGGAAAUAAACAGGUAGAGGAGAGACUCGGACAGACGGCACUGACGACUUACUAUCCAAAACACACAUGUUACCCUGGCACAGUGUUUUCUAUCCCUCUCAGGUUUUAUGGGAAAUAAUAAUCAUCCAGCUGAGCUCCAGCUGAGGCACAAGUUGCCACAUCAUAAAGGGAUCAGACCAAUUGAAAUCAAAGGAUAAAGAGGGACUGAUUAGUUUCAUAAUGCCACAGUAGACAGAGUGAUGACAUUUGGAACUCAAAAAGAAAGAAAGUUGAUUUUAUAGGUAAGUGGGGUGCAGGGUUUAAACAGUCAGUCAUCACAUCAUUUUUUAAGGAUCACUCAAGCAUUGUCAUUGCUCUGUUAGCAACCUCAUUUAGCUGUGCUGGAUCACACUUUUAAAGAUUUUCACUUGUUCUGCUGAUUUAAGUUUUACUUGAUUAAGUGUACUCUUAUAAAUCCUUUACAUAAAUCUGUGUUUUGAAUAUUUCCUCUGUGUUUAGAGUUGAAAUUCAGCUAUGUAUUUUUGCCAUCACCCAAAAGGUAUUAGUAAUACUUGUACACUACUGUACUGGCUGUGUGUGUAAGUGCAAUGACAGCGGUAGAGAGUCACCAAAAGUCUGCCUAAUGGAUCUCUGUAGAAAAAUAAAGCCAAUCUUCUGGAUGGGAAAACCUGCUGGCACUGUCAGCCAGCAGGCAUCACAAGGGGCUUUUAGCUUUCUGAAUGCUAAUUCAUCCACUUUCACUUGUCCUGUGGGGAAAUCAUGUUACCCAACAUCUCACCCGCUGCAGCGGCUGAGCAACCCCAAAACGACAGGCAAUAGGCUGUAAUACUGCGGCAAGUUUAAAACGGAGGUAUUAGCAUUCCAGAAAUGUUACCCGACCAAUGCAUCGAUGUUACAAAAGCUAGCAGGGGAGAAGGUGCAAGUACACUGUAACUGGCAGAGGAGACCAGAGCUGACUGCCAUUCUUUCUUUCUUUGUCCUCGGAGGUGACUGUGGAGUUGUAUGUAGCAAACACUGUUCUGCAGCUGAAACACUGAAAGCCUGAAAAGCAGCUACGUUUGGAGCAAAGACCAGAACUAACUGGAGGAGUUAGAGUUAUAAUUUCAAGUGAAAAGAUAUUAUGUUACUGUGUAAAAGCCUCAGUACAGAAGAUAUAUUUAAAUAGCACAAUAACUAUAAAUACUGAUCAACCCAGAAAAUCGGCCUUAUAGUAAAUGUUCUAUUUAUUUUUUUGCGUCUGCUUUUGUUCUUAUUUGAAGCAAAUGCUAUCAUAUAUAUUGUAAAUGCUGUGUAAAGUUUUACUUUCCACCCUUCUCUUAAGGGUCUCGUUGUAAAUUUUUUGAUCUGCAUUUUGAAGUGUCAUCUUUCAUCUGUCACGUCUCUAAUCGACAUUAAAGCAAUUGCUAGCAGCGUCCACAUUUAAGAGCUGGUGUUUGCCCUUCAGAGGAACUCAAGUCCAGGCUGAACCUUUCAUAUCGUUGCCAAAUGAGAAAAGAUUUACAAAGACCAAAACUGAAGCGCUCGGGUGCUCGUCAUCAACACCUCACCGAGCAACACAAUUUAAAUAUGGCCAAAUGGGACAGAUUUCACCUCUGCAGUACAAAUCAGAAGUAUCUACACCUUGCACUGACUUUUACAUCGGUUAGUAAAUAUGAUGUGAUAAUCAAUGGAAAAAGUCAAUACAUCAAGUCGAUUUUACGAAUUGACGACCACUUGGAUAAAAAACUGACUCGCUGUGGGAAACUGACGACUGUAAAUGACAAACCUCUUGUUCUCCCAAAGCAAAGGCAGACGUCUCUAUGUUUUUUGAUUGCUCUAUUUCUCUUUUUUCCACACUUUUAUUAUUAAUAUCAUAAGGAUGUGUUUUCGCUGCAUAAACUCCAUCCAGCUGUGCUUUAAAUGCUCUUAUUGUUUAGGAUAAACACAUGUUGCAUAUCAGAGAACUUCUAGCCGCCAAGAAAUAAUUUUGUUAAAUGCGUCAUCAAACCAAUCGCACAUAAAGCAGCUGACAGACACAUAUUCUACCAUUGUAAUGGAGUCAAACUGUGUAUUCCUGUCAUAUUCAGAUUUUACUGUUACUGAUGUGUAUAUUCUACGAUGCCAUGAAAGGGAAAUGUGACAGUGGUUGAGUAAGCACAGUUCACUAUGUAUGAAAUUGAUGGUAAAACUGUAAAAUGGAAAUAAUUGUCUUUUGACUAAAUGACAGACUUUCAGAUAAAGGUUGCUCAACAGUUUUACCAUUGUUAAAAAAAAUGGAAAAUAAUAAACAAA